CUUUCACGUUCUUCUCUGUUCUUCCCUUUUCUCUUUGAUUGUUCUCACCUCCAUGUUUCUUCCUUCCAACAGCUCACCCUCCAUCAAUUCUUCUUAUUCUUAAUUUCAAACCCUGUUAUCAACAACCCCAAUUCAUCCUUCUCCUCAAUUACCAAUAGUUCACUUCCAUCAAUUUCUCUUAUUCCCAAUUUCAAACCCUAAUUCCAAUUUUGGGUUACAAAGACAAACCAAAUACUAAUUGGAGAUUCUUUGUAAAAAAUAUUAGAGAUUUGAUUUCCAAUUACACAAAAUCUAUAGAGGAGCUUGUCAGAUCUGAGCCAUCGGAGCCUGUCGUUCUUUUCAGACAGAAUGGAGAUUCCUGAACAUCGCAAGUGGAUGGAUAAUAGGAUGCGUCCUGAUAAUAGUAGAGUUACAGAUGAGUUUUUGGCCGGGGUUUGUGAGUUUGUUGAGUUUGCUUGUGCACAAGAUGAUUUCAAAAAAGUAGGAAAGUUGAGAUGCCCAUGUAAAAUAUGCAAGUGUAGAAAGCCUUAGUCAGUUGACGAUGUCAUGAAACAUCUUUGUAUGAAGGGGUUUAAGGAGGAUUACUAUUACUGGAGUAGCCACGGUGAACAAAGGCCUUCGGUUAUGCCAGUGGUUUCAAACAACUCCUAUUAUGGAAGCAUUGGGAUACGGGAAGACUUCAAUAACUUUGAGCAAAUGGUAAUGGAUGCAGCGGGACCAUCUCUUGGUUAUUAUCUUGAGCAAGAAGAGUUUGCUUGUCCAGAACAAAUAAGGGAGGAUCCUGACCCACAAGCAGAAAGUUUUUUUAAGAUGUUGAAAGCUGCACAAGCUCCCUUGUAUAACGGUUGUGAAAGUUAUUCAGAACUGUCAGCUGCAAUACAAGCAUUAAGUAUAAAGUCUGACUUCAAUAACUCACAUAAUUGCUUUAAUAAAUGGGUAGAGUUUAUGGGGAAAGCAUUGCCAAAUGACAAUCGAAUGCCUAAAAACUACUAUCGUGCAAAGAAAUCGAUGGAAAAGCUUGGAUUGGGUUGCAUAAAGAUUCAUUGCUGCCCAAAUGGUUGUAUGAUUUACUACUAUCCGGAAGAUAAGAAUCUCCGUAAUUGUAAAAAUGCGGCGAAAACCGUUACAAAAGUGUCACUAGAAAUGGUAAGAUUAGAGAUGUUCCUUUAAAAAAGAUGUGGUAUUUCCCUAUUAUCCCAAGGCUUCAAAGACUAUAUUCCUCAAUGCAAACUGCAAGCCAAAUGAGGUGGCAUCAUGAUGUUACAAGAGACGAUCAGAGACGGAAAAUGAAAUUCUGUCUCUACAGUGUUUAGAGACGACGAAAACAACGACAGACCCUGUUCCGUCUCUGAUUCCGUCUCUAAGACGUAUAGAGACAGAUUUUUUUCAUUUUAGAGACGGAUAUUGCCCGUCUCUAUUCCCAAUUUUUUUAGUAGUGUCUCCCGUAUCCACUUCCUCUUAUCUCUUGCUUCUCUCACCGUCGUCCAACACCUCCAUAGCUCCCGUCCGUCCAUCGCUCCCCACCGAUCUCACUACCGUCACAUACCACCAUUGAAGUUCAUCUAGUUGGUUUUUUCAAUUGAUUUCAUCUCGUU